AUGGCAAGAAUUUAUGAAGAGUUGUAUAUAUUGCUCAGCUAUGAAAGAAAUGACAAAGAUAACAACCGGUAAUCCAAAUAAUGAUGUAUUAAGCCCCAAGAUUUUAAAACCUAUGAAUAUUUGGAUUGGAGGUUGA